UUCACAAAUGAUUCAAACUCAAAGCUAAAAUUAAAGUCAAUGUACAACCUACAUACAUACAUAUGUAUGUAUGUACAUACAUACACUACAAUGUAUGUAUGAAUCGGUUUUUUUUUUUCGUACAAACGUGUAUGUACCAUAUACACCUUAAUGUACAUAUGGUCGUUCGUUGUUCGUUCAGUUGCCGACGACUACGAAUCAACGAAACAGACGUACACAUACGGCGGUGAAGAGGGAUGGCAGGGCGGAGGGAUGGGCAAGAGCGUUGCGAAAAUAGCUACAUCGCCGAAGCAACAUUCAUUCGUCGAUUCUCUUUCGUGAAGAAAGGAUGUACGGCCCGGUUGUAGCCGAAUGAAUCCGUGUACAUCAUCACCGCUGACACCCACACACCCGUACAUUUCCCGUGGAGCCACCGGCGCUCCCCCGUCCCCGGGUAACCUGGAAUCGCACGGCCUUCAGCUCUUGGAAAUGGGCACCAAGGAGCAGGACUAUGACGAGCUGCGCGACUUGCUACAGUCGUGGGAUGUUGCCGAUCUGCUGCCCCACCUUCAAGAUGAAGCCAUCAACGUGGAUGAACUGCAGAUGAUCAAGAGGCACCACCUAUCGGAGCUAUUGCGCAACUUCCGCUUCGGCACUCGCAUCCGCUUCGAGCAUCACCUGGAGCGGUGGCGCCGCUGGCUAAACGUGCCCCUCCAGGGGAUGCAAGGUCAGGGGGGCAGCCACUGUAGCGGCUGUCGUUGCGGCGAGGUGCUGGUCCAGAACCAGCCCAUUGGCUGCCAGCCGGCCCAGAUGGCCGUGGCGGAGCUGGACGAAAAGACAGAGGACUUGACCGCAAACGGUCCUGCCGAGUCCCUGGUGGCUCUCAGCGAGCCACCACCUGACGUCUCCCCUGCCUACCAGCCACGGUCCCAGGUCGUCCAGAGUGAGGCACCAGAACAGCCGAUGGGAACGCCAGUGGCUUUGGCUGAGGCGGUCGUUCCAGCUGACGGCGGAUCUUCGGAGGACCGUGGCGUCUCUGUACUGGGCAUUCUGCAAUCGUCCGGCAUGAAGGCCCAGUCUCUCCUGGCCUGCCUGGGACAAAACGAGCCACUGGAUGCAGUGCAGCGCCUACUGCUGAUCCAACUGAUCUGCGGCUACUACGAGGACAACCAACUCCACUUGACGCUGCAGCGGAGCCACCUACUCGAACGCGAGAUCCUGGAGCUCUUCCCGCGGGAACAGCUGCCGUUCUAUCGCACCGAGAGACGGGGCAAGAUCUAUGUGAGGUUCACCAACAUGAAGCGGAACAAGAGGUUCAACACCUCCCGCCAGGACCUGAAGAGAAGACGGGCCGAUCUCGCCAAGCCGGAACCGAUACAGGCCAACCAGAACCGUACUUCCUAUACAAAUGUUAAAGAAAGUGUCCAGUUUGGAACCGAACAAGUCUCCAGUCCCGAUCCUUCCGAUUGAUUUUUUGCCACUAAACCUUAAUUUCCAAAAAAAAUUAAAAUUAUAAAUAAUUAUUUUUAAUA